CUUUCGGAACACCUCGAGUAUUAACCACGCUGUCUAUUAUUUUCCCGCGUUUUGACAAGAAGACAAAGGAACUGCUGUUCGGAGCACUUAGGCCACAUGCAGCGAGAGAUCAACAAACAAGAACAUGGCGCAGUCAAACACUAAUCUCAUUACCAAAACUUUGAAAGUGUUGAAAAGAUCGGACAAGAUACUGUCCUAUGUCAACAAAACAAACCAAAGAGAAAUGAAAUAUUUUAAUGUUGUUGCUGCUGAGGGGGAAGUGGCUUAUAGAAUCAGAGUCUAUCAAGUCAAUAAGCUUAACAUGCUGCAAACAGGAUUGAGCUUCAAGUUCCACAACAUGGUGGCUAAAGGCGAUAAGGAAUAUUGGAUCACCAGCAAUUCAACUUUGGCAUAUUCUGCAACAGUGGAAACAUCCUUAACUGAUUCGUGUGAACUUCAACUACCAGAGAAAAUAGCUCCAGAGGGGGAGAAAAAGACUUUGGCUUCAGCAUUGGCCUCCCCAGACAAGUCAAGUGUGCUUGGCAAAGUAGUACAGGUUUCUCCAUUGAAAUAUCGCCAAGGUGGGUCUUUGCCUGUGCGAGCUCUGAUUUUGAAGGACAGUCAGACCACUGCCAAAGUCUGUUUGUUUGGGGGAAACGCAGAAAUGCAGUUUGAAGAAGGAAAUAUGGUCAACGUUUCGGCUGUUUACCCCAAAAAAUAUCUUAACAGGGAUCAGCUUACCACCUCGCCCAUUUCAACCUGCCAGUUUACAGCUGAUGAUCCUACAAUACUUGUGCAGCAGCAAGAUGCAAACCAAUACCUGUCUGAUCCAGACUUUGAAGAAGAUCUUGAUGAGCCACUUAUUGAAGAUAUCAUAUUGACCGAUUUUACAGAAUUUGAUGUCUAUAAAUGCUGCGAAGUUAAAGCUUGCAGGCAAAAAAAAAUGGUUGGUAAUCAGUGUCCUGUGUGCAAAGCAACGACUUCAAAUCUCAAGUCCUACCGCAUCGCCUUUCUUUAUUCCACAGAAAAGGCAAAAGAUAAAAAAAUUACUCUCUUCAAAUCAACUAUAGAGAAGAUACUAAAAGUUGAACUGGACCUUGAGGAACAAAAAAGCAGUCUGAUCUCUGUUGUGGUAGACAAACUACCAAUUCGUGUCCGUGCCUCCAUUUCGGCUGGAAAUAAUUUGUACAACAUCCAGUAACUGUCACAUAUGGAUGCAUUGUGAAUACAGUGCAUAUUGACGUUUGAUUUUAUUAAGCCCUGGUACGACUAAUCAAAAGCUUACUGUUUUACUGUCCGUCCGUCACGCUAUGUCAAAGUGUUUUUGGUUAAGUUUUCUUCAAAGGGCUCAAUUAAGCUCGGAUGCUAUUUCUUUCAUGAAUAUUAAGUUUGGGUAUACAAUAUGUUGCACAGUGAAGUUAAUAUACACUUUGGCACUUUCAUGUCAACAUAUUUAGUUUCAUUCUGCAUUAGGUAAACGAAUAUAUUAAAUUGGAUAAAUCAUUAAUUGAAAACAUCAAUAAAACGGUUUCCUUAAAUUACCAUAAGUUGUUAAUAGGAUGCUAAACAAUGUAAAACCAAAACCGAGCUAAACAAUGUUAAACAAAAUCCGGUAUAAGUCAAUAUUUCUUACUCGUUGACCUAGGUUGCUACUUAUACUUUGUAGUUAUAUAUUUGUUUAUUAAAAAUACCAAUACAUUUUUUAUAUCUUUUUACUGAAAAUGUUGUUCUCAACUUUGGUAUAAACAACAAUUGUACAUCUAUAUUCAGAGUGUUUUUAAUUGAAUAAUUAUCCAAUAUUAUAUAUCUUACUUUGUCGUUUUUCGAGGAUGUUUUUGUAGUUUACAGUAUUUUACGAUAUUGUACAUGUAUUUUACAAUAUUGAUUUAACGAGUCAUUAUUUGUUAAGUAUUUAGCACUUAAUAUCUAGUCAUAGCAUUAUUGUGGAAGUGUUUUUGUAUGGAGUUUUUUUUUUAAUUAAUUGAAAUUUGCUGUUUACUGUAGUUAGCGGAUAUAACGAAAGCCAUUUAUUAAAGAAAAUCAUUUAAUAACCAUUUGUCCAGUAUUAUCAUUAUAUUUACCCUUAGCAUUUAGUAUAUUAUUGCAUCUCUGGCAUUGUUUGAUUACAACUGCAAUAAAGAAACUACCAAAGUAAUGUGAUGAAUCUCUACAUGUAUAUGUAAUCGGUAAAUAGUGUAUCACUUAGUUGCACUAUUGUGAUGAUAAAUUUGAAUAGACAAAAGAUAAGAUGAAGUGGGGUGCUUUUAGUUUACAAAGGACUACAUUGUAUACGAUAUGAUUUACUUUUCAAAUAAAUCUUUUUAAAAGUUGAAUACUUCCAUGAUACUAUUACAGUUUUGCAAUUUUUUUUUUUUUUUUACAUUUAUGGCUGCCAUGGUAACCUGUUGAAAUUUCCAUAAGUUAGGUAAAUUUGAACAUUCAGUCAAUUCAGGCCAUGUUUCACUCAGUUUUUCUUUUGGCAAGUAUAUAUAUAUAGAGCACAAUCUUGAAACUUGAUAUCAAAGGAAAUUGUAUAGGCACUGGUAAUAAUUAGGACACAUAUAGAGUUUGUUCAAGAAUGCACUCUAUCCUUUCCAAGAGAAAAACAGCGAAACAUGGCUCAAAUUGACUGAAUAUUAAAAUCUACGUAAUUGAUGCAAAAUUUGACUGGUUAUCAUAGCAACCAAAAUAACAUUGAAAUUAAAAAAAAAAAAAAAAAAUAUCGCGGAAAAUAUUCAAAAUUUGAAAAAGAAUUACAAUCAAAGGUUUUCAAUUUUGAUUGAUAUGGGGAACAAAAAAGGCCAAAACCAAUGUAUAACCCUUUCCCAUAUACAUGUAUAUGGAUUCCAUUGUUAACCUGGAGCUGAUGUCCAUGCUCACACUUCCAUUCCUCUUAAUGUUGAUCUAUAGUGCCAUUUUUUAUAACUAUUUGUUUUAGUUUACUUUUGUUACGUAAACAAAAUAUAGUAUAUUUUACAGUUUGUUGCAAUUCAAUUCAACUGGUUGUGUUCCUCCGUUUGGUUUUUGAUUUAUAUAUAUAUAUAUUUUUUUAUACUGUGUUAGUUGUAUAUUUUAUGACUUGCAUGAUUAUAAACGAAUAUAUUACAUUGGAGAAAUAAUUGAUUGAAGGCAUUAGUAAACAGGUUUAAAGAUAUGAAAAUUCCCAAAAAUUAUUGGAAAAGUUAAUAUUUCUUAUUCAUUAUUCUUUGUCAUGUACUAAUUUUUUGUUUAAAUUUAAAAAUACAAAUAACUUUAAUAUCUUCCUGAAAAUGCUGUUGUAGUAAACUUUGCAUUGGUAUGUGCAGCAAAUGUACAUCUAUAUUCCAAGUGCCUUCAGUUGAAUAAAAUUCAAUAUUGUAUUUGUUAUAUAUCAGAUAAUAAAAGUUAUUUUCAACAAUAAUUUGUUUCUUUUUCUUUUAAAAGUCAAUAUAUACAAUAUAUGUCUUGCCAAAUUUCCAUUUGGGAAAACUGGAGAGUGACAACACAGCAAUUACUUAACAUGUGAUCAGUUAAUCUACAGAUUUUCAACACAAUGGUCAUCCUCAUCUAUGAAAAAAUGCGCAUUUCAUUUACCAUUCAUUUAAUUCUGGCAACACAUCCUUUUAAUGAAGGUCAAUUUUCAUUCUGUAAGUAUUUUGCGGCCCACUUUGACGCUUGCGUCAAUAAUUUUUCUUGUUAAUAUGUAGGGUUGUUGUUGUAGAGUGGGAGGUUGGGUGGUUUUCAUACAUACACGUCUGCCCUUGCUGAGACAAUGUAAGGUAGACAACUUUAUACAGGGGGUGGACUUUAUGUUAGUAUACCUGUAGUUAUAUUUAUAUUCUAGCUUCCUGUUGUUAUUUUGUUAGUAGUUGUUUACCCAGGGUACACCAGUUAUUGACGUAGGUUACAAUUAUCAUUCAUUAGUACUAUAUAAUCAGCAGUGUGCAGUAUUAGUUGUUUAACUCUGUUGUUCGCUUACAUAUGUAUAUAUGUCUGGUGAUAAUGGGACCAUGCCUUAUUGGAUAUGGAUUAGGCCCCCACAGCUAGCUACUUCAUUGUAAUUAUUUCAUAAAUUAUCUUUAUCUCAAAAUAAACUUGUUAAAUUUA